UAUAAAGAAAAUAUAUGUAAGCGCACGCGCGCACACUUGCACAAUAUACGGUACAUCGAGCACGUAAACGCGUACGCACACACGUAGAUGCGAGCACGGGUCCCGGUGCGGCAGCGUGGUCGGCUAUCCCCAUAAAAGCGACGGACUCGACCGGCCUGCGGACAGUUGUCAUCGUUGGCUACAUCGGCGCAACGUGUCUCUUUGCGCUCUAAUCGUGUUUCGACUGUUUAUCGAAAUAUAUCUCGGGGUGGUAACCUCUUCGACACAAACGAGACGAGAGUUCCGUAUACGCUUUUCAUCACAGGAUAUCAUCCCUUAAUUCACGCGCGAACCCUCGCGGCGAGCCCGUGCACUAUUGAAAAGGGACAUGAAAUGUACGCGUUUCGCGACAACAGAUAGCAAUCGAAGACAAAUAGUGAACAAAAGAAUGCGAGUGCGAGCGAAUGAUUGUUCGGAGAAUUGUAUUAUGGUCGCGUGAUCGAACGACUGAUUGAUCGAAGACGACUGAGAAAAAAGACGUCGAUAAGAUCGACUGUUCGUCACUCGUUUAUAGAUAACGCGAACGAUAUCUCGGAACGAUCGUUGCCGAAAUCUGACGCACUUAUAUAUACCCGUUGACUUGAUCUGUUUCACGAGAAUCUAAAUUAAGAAAUAGCGUGAAUUAGAUUGAUAUUUCUACUUUCUUUCGUUGGUGGUCACGGUAUACUACACGUGGUUGAAAACUAUUAUAAGAGAAGAAGAUACGAGCCGGUAAUACCGAGUGCAAGCGCCAGACAGAGCGACGCUUCCGCGGGCAAAGCCGUGUCCUGUCUCGUCUUUCGUGUGUAUAGGACAACCUACACGGUCACGCGCGCGCACGCUCGAGAGUGUAAUAGAGACACGUAUAUAAGUACGUGGAGUGGCACACGUACCGGUAGACGAGGCGCGCGUGCACACGCGUGUACGAAAGCGAAAAAGCGAUUCGUCGUGGCGCAAGCGCGAAAGCAGAAGCUUUUUCGAGCGAGCCAGCCGGAGGAGAGAGAGACGGUGGUGCCGAUGAUCAGAUACAUCGGAUUCAGUGGCGGCACGGGCGUAGAGAGCAAGUCGAGUAACAGCUUCCCACCAGUCAGUCACUCACGAUCGACUAGUCAGUCACGGCAGUCACGCGCCGACCGUGUCAGACGCACGCUGGUCUGUUGGUUCGCGUGGAAAGAGGCCGGUCAAAUAAACCGAGAUCUAAACGGGUGAGAGACAAAAAGGAUUCAGUGUCAACGUCGUUGAUUGUAAAUCGUGCGACCGUAGUCGGACUUGUUACAUUCGAUAUAUACGACGGUGGUAUACCACUACGCAGCGCAGGCGCGAUGCAACGUUUCACGGACCUCGUCGAGAUUCGGUGUCGAUGAUCACUUUCGAUUACAGUGUGAACCGGCGAGUCGAACCAAGGCAAUCGUGUAUAUUCUAAGCGAAUCUUAUCGGUGUCAAAGACGAUCGAGAACGGUGUUCAGCUCUUCUCUGUUGGUACUUUUUCAAACCGAUGAAUCCAAAUUUGUUUUGGAAAUCGGUUACCUAGGAUAAAGUCGCGGUAAUCCCAGAAGGGAUAAUCGUGUGGAGCCACCGUAUCAGAUGCGCAUACCGGCGUUGUUGAACCGCGAGGAAAGGGACGACGACAACGCACACGGGGCUCGUAGGUUAAGAGAGUUAGUGAGGUGCGGAGGUGCGUGGAAGAGUGCGCCGGUUAAAAUCGUGACAGAGGGAGGAAGAAGAGAGAGAGAGAAGAAGUGGCAAGCGCACGGUACGACUCGGUCGUCUCGCUCUUUCGUAUCCCUCUCGUCUCGAAACUCGUCGCUCGUUGUGUACCGCCUUAUAAAACGCGCGCGCAGUAACACGGAACGCGCGACGACCACGGGAACGGAGAAGAGCGGCGGGGGACAGCCGGAGAGUUAGAGUCGUACGAACUCUCUGUGCACUCGGUAAAAGAGAGAAAUAAAUAGCGAUAGUGCAAAAAAGAGACGGCCAGACGGUGUUCGAGCUGGCUUAAAGGAAAGAUAGAUAAAGAGAGAGAAAGAAUAACGAACCUGCGUGUGUACCUUAGCCUAUUAAGCCGUCGGAUGCGCUCGUUCAACGUGUCUCGAACGGUGCACGAUACCUCGCCGCGUUAUCUGCAGUAAAUAUUGCGGCUAACACACGGCCUCUCUCUGGGUCUGCCGCUGAUUGUUUCUAAUCAUUAUCGCACACGUUCGCGACCUGUGUACGCGUACUAUCGUCGUCGUGGUUCGUCAUUGUCGUCGAUUCUUCCGUCGUCAUAAACGUUGUCGUGGUAACCCGUCGUUGUGUCAUUAUAUCGGUAUUGUUAUUGUUCGCGAACGAUACUCUUUGUAAUCGUCAUCGGUGUGUUGUCGCGUGGACACGUUAUAUGCGCUCGGAGAGGAGAGAGAAGAAAAGAAAAGAAAAGAAUCGAAGAAGAUGAUGUGAUACAACACACAGUGCCACAGAGAGUGCAGAAAGUUUUGUGCAGUGAACGUUCGUUAAUAGACCAGUGGCCGCGGCUCUGAAGAACAGACAGAGAAAGAGCACACGCGUGCAAGAUAGGAUAGAACGAGACAAACAACGUGUGAGGAAUAGGUAUAGUGAAAAAGAGAUAGAAAUAGAAAAUACGAGUGAGAGAAACGUAUUGGUGGAAUAGAGACGAAGGAGAACACGCUAUAUGCGUUGAAGCACCCGUGUCGAGUGCCAGCGACGAGACAGUGAAUUGGACAUACGCGAGAGUGAGCGUGACAGAGAGAAAGAGGAAAAGGAUUCUAAAAGACAUCACAAGACUUUUUCGAUAUUAUCAAAGAUGCAUUUCUACGGUAGUUUAUUGUCGAUUUUGCUGGUCGUUCUUUCUUGCCCCUUGACUGUUCGUACACGCAGGGUGGCGCCUUUGAUAGAGGAGGACUGGGCUAGGAGACCUCAUCGUGCCGCCGAAUGUACGUUCGGCAAGCAGAUACGGGAACUGGGCUCCACCUGGUUCGCGGAUUUGGGCCCGCCCUUCGGAGUCAUGUACUGCAUCAAAUGCGAAUGCAUUCCGGUGCAGAAGAAACGGCGAAUCGUAGCGCGGGUUCACUGCCGUAACAUCAAGAACGAAUGCCCAGAACUUACGUGCAAAGAGCCAGUUCUCCUUCCUGGCAGGUGUUGCAAAUCUUGUCCGGGAGACUUUAGUAGCGACAUAGUGCAGGAUUUACCGGCGCAAUUGACCUCCGAGGAAGAGGAACGAAGUCUAAAACAUUUUGGGACACUUUUAACUGGUAAAACAUCUCAGGUACUACGUCGCGAUGAACCCAGCCCAACAUCAAUGUACAACAGUGCUUAUAACUAUCUGGCCACAGGUCGUUUCACAUUUCACCGCAAAAAUCUGUACUAUUCCUUUUAUUUGUCAACAUCCACUCCUCGUCCAAGAAACAUACAAUUUAUCGAUGGAUCGGGAAGUAUUCUAGAGGAACAGACGAUCGACCCUAUUGGUGGAGUGUACCAAAAUGCUACAGGUAAACUUUGUGGCGUAUGGAGGAGGGUCCCUCGAGAUUACAGGAAACUGCUGCGUGAGGAACGCCUGCACGUGUCCUUUAUAUGGGAACCGUCGGCUACCUUGACUGGACAGUUGUCCCGUUAUCGCGCCUUGUCCACGGAACAGUAUUCUUCCUUGUUGGAGCCCACAAUGGGAGUGGAUCGCUCGCUGAUGUCGGGUGCAGGAGCUACCGCCAUCGUUUCUGCGUCCUCAGCAUCAGCGCCAUCUAUCCACGUAUCUUUGGUAUUCAAUGGCGUCUUUCUACCUAACGAUGUCUCCGAAGUACCACUAAUCGUCCAAUUAGAACACAUGGAGAAGGAUUAUGUAGUUUUACGGGAGGAAAUAAUAGUAAAGAAGCCGUCGAACGAAUUAAACUUUGGAGAAGUUCGGAGCGCCUUAUCUGGCGCGGACCUUCGUUUAUUAACGAGAGGCAAGCUCUCUAUUAGCAUAAUGUCAAGAAAAGAUCCUCAGGCACUUCGAUUAGCCGGGGUAGUGGGUCCACGUGCCAACUGCGAGAUGUAUCAAACUUUGCUGAUCUCAGAAACACCUUCAGCAGCUUCUGGAUUGGCCUGGGCGUUUUUAGAUCGCGCUGGUUCGUUGCGUUAUGGCGUUCAAUUGAUAGGCCUGGAAGAAGAGAGUCCUUUGGUAACUUUAGUAGAUGAAGGAGGUAAACGUCGCACCGAAUUGGAAGAUCUGACGCCUUCUCUCGUUGAUGGUUUAGCUAAUGGAUCCUUAGAGCGUCCAGGACCACGAUUCCUUGAACCCUUGUUUAAUGGAGAACUUGCAGUUGUUGCUGCCUCGCACGUUGGAUCUAUGUUGCGUGGCCGAUUACUACAGAGACCUGUAGCUGAUGCUAAAGAUACUGCUGCACCUGUUUUGCUCAGAAGACUGUCCCAGGAACCUUUAAAUCCUGGUCCAGUUGGUCUGGUCUGGACAGCUGUUGAUCUAGACUGCUCUUUACAUUAUGAGCUUGAAAUUGCUGGCUUCCCUCAAACGUCUUCCACAAACAGCCACGAGCCACGCACCCUCCGACUUUAUCUAGAAACCAUGCCCUUAGUAGUUCAAGGAGCACCUGUAGCUAGGAGAUUGUUGGAAGAGUUCACUGGAUACGUUUUGGAAGGUUCUGUCACUGGACUCUCACCAGUGGAACUAUACAGAAUUGAAUCUGGUAUUGGUUUCCUUGAAGUAACUGAUAAACAGGCUGAAAGGAUUUUGAAGGCUCCGUUCAAAGCCAGGGCGCCGCUCAGCUGUCUUCCUCAUUAUGCGGAUAACGAUGUUGCCUCGGUGGUCGCGUAUAAUCUUUACCCACCCAGGUCGGAUAUCGAAACCGGCGCGUGCUUCCAUGAGACUAGAUUUUACGAAGAGGGUACUCAGUGGACCUCCAGCACAGAUCCGUGCUACAUGUGCCACUGUCACCGUGGACUACCACAGUGCGAUCCAAUGCCUUGUCCAGUUCUUACCUGCGCUGAGGGCAAGCAGUUGAAGCCUGCUUCUGGUCACUGUUGUCCUAUUUGUUCAAGUCCAGGGAUCAACAUGAAUGCGACGGGGAAGAAUGUCAGUUCGGUGACAAGAGGUUGCACACUGGCUGGUCAGUUCCAUCUACCAGGAGCGUCAUGGCAUCCAUAUUUGCCACCAAUGGGGUUCGACACUUGCGCAGUUUGCACGUGCGAUCCCGUUACGCUAGAGGUGAAAUGUCCGCGGGUGCAGUGCCCGCCAUUGGAUUGCGACGAGAAGAUCGCCUUCAGACCCAGUAAGAAGGCAUGUUGCAGACAGUGUCCGGCGAUGACGCCUAGCACGAUCGUAGGAGUUGGGGGCGACACGACACGUUUACCACGGGACCAGGCGGCGCCAUCCACUAGGCGCACUGCUGACGAGAUACUGGCUUCCGGCGGUUGCAAGUAUCCCCUUGGUGGUCCGUAUGAGAACGGGAUGGAGUGGCAUCCACGAGUCCACUCGCACGGAGAAAUGAAAUGCGUCAAGUGCAGGUGCAAGAAUGGCGAGGUCAGGUGCGACAGGAAACGAUGUCCACGGGCGCUAUGCAACACGAUCGCGCACCAGAUAAAACGCGGCGAGUACGUGGCAGACAGUGAUGACUGUUGCACGGUCCAGUGUCGCCGGGCGAGACGUCAUCAUCGUAACAAUCAUCAUCCAGCCCGGCAUUCGGUGACACCACGUGAACUCAGCUGAGUAGUUCCAGCCGCUGCUACCAAGCUUCCUUCGAGCAGUAUCCUGGUCCACGGUAAUGCUCCUGGACCUCGUUUCUCUCUAUAGCCAUCGAUUAGCCAUGCCGUAGUCGUCGUCAUCGUCGCUACUUCAGAUUCCAAAGCGAUUCUAGAGCGACCGGGAAGCUAUGAGAAAGUGAUAGAAGUGAAUUAGUAUCAGAAGCCUACAUUCAAAUCAAGAAGUAUGGAGAAAAUUACAGAUGGUUUUUAUAAUCUGCCAGCACCAUCGAUUGUACAGUUUCAGAGACACAUAUUGUUUAUAAACUAGCCUCUUUGGAUUAAUGAACGUUGUAGAACAAUGUGGAAGGCAUAUCAUUAAAUUAUGCAAGAUCCAAGAUUCAAUUUAUGCAGGAACGAGAUUAAACGAAGCCAUCUAGGCGAAAUAAGGGGCAGAGAGGCACCUCGGUCUGUAUAUUGUAUGAAGUUGGUCAAUUUGGUCGGUUUUGAAUAAAUCGCCUGCAAAGUCUGCUAUCUCUCCAUAUGGUAACCAAUAAUGAUUUUCCAGAAUUUAUGAUUGAAUAAUCAUCCUAAACAAGUGUUCUGAGAGAGGAUGCUGGAAAUGCACGGCGUCAUAUCCAGCGCAGCAGCCAUCCUUAAGAAAAGAAGGAUCUAUGAAGAAACGAUUGGUGCUCAUUUUGAAUGCUAUAUUCGGGAAUGAUAAAUCGCAGCCGGAAGAUGGUAAUCAGUGAAACAGAAAGAUUCGCUGCUGGGAUGAUCGGUGGCCAUCGCAGGAAGCCAUAAUAAUGAUAAUAUCAAUAACAAUAUAGUGCGAGCACGGGAAAACAGGAAGGAACGUGGAUCGUUCUCGUCAGACGCUAUUCUUAUAUUCUCGUCGCUUGCUCGGUUAUGCGCUAUAGAGUCCCUUGCAGCACCCACAACCAGACUUUUAUUAAUCAAUUGGCUCUCAUCAACGGACCAACGGACCGGAAGCCAACUGCUCUCUAUCUUCGAAUGACCUCUCGCAUACACGUACGUAUGCUAUGCACACGUUUAUAUUCGUAUACAUACAUAUGUACGUAUGUGUACGUAUAUUAUAUAGUAUGACGGGUGUAUCGGAAGAAAAAGCUAGAAGAAGAGAAAGAGAGAUUCGAAAAUGAAGAAAAAAACAAAUCUGGAGAAAUCUCUUAAUUAUUUGAUUUCAAAAUUUUAAUCUCUCGAUCAAGAUUAUUUCAAGGAAUUUUGUAUUCUCUGCCGUAUUAUUUGUUUUAGUUCCAAUUCUAAUUUCCAUAUUCUUUAAGCCCAUUUCUUCUUUUUCCUCUGCAAAGACUUCUUACUUUUUAAAACCUGCUUUAUCUUUUUUAAUGUUAUACUCACUCUUAUCAAUUCAGAUAUGUUACUCUCAAACUCUUCUAUUCCAAAAUGACUCUAUCCGGUGUACAUUACCUUUCAUUUCAUCUCCUGGUUUGCAUUUUGGCGGGACGCGAGCUCGUUUCCGGUCUGCUGCUCUGAUUUCUGGAGAGAGUUAUUUUCAUUAUUACUUUAUUGUAAUCGGAGCAAUCGAAGAAUCUCUCUCCUCAUUUCGCUACGUUUAUUUUUUAAAAGAAAGUUGGCUUCUGGAGAGAGUUUAAAGUCGUGGCGGCAAGUACAGAGCCCUACUGUACCCACCAACCUCAUCGAGUUACCCAGCAACCAAAGAAGACUGAAGAACCUCCGAUGGUGGCAUCAGUUAUCAUUAUAGCGCAAAAACACGCUAAGGUUUAUAUCAUACUGUAUUAGCUCCACGCAAUUUAUUACUGCUACGGAUUAUUAUUAUUAUUAUUAUUAUUAUUAUUUUUAUUAUUAUCAUCAUCAUCGUCAUCGUCAUCAUCAUCAUCAUCAUCAUCAUCAUUACUAUUAACGGUGAUAUCAAUGUCGUUAAUGUUAUAGAUCAUUAUUCAUUUUCAUCAACUUCGUAUCACCAUUGUUUCAUCAUCGUUCAUCUUAUCGUUUGCGAUUCAUGGUAUUCGUCGUCACUGAAAAUUUGUUUUACAUUAUCAUGAUUGUCAUUAUGAUUAUUAUUAAUAUUUCUAUUAUUAUUUUUAAUAGUAUAAAUAAUAUUGCUAUUAUUUUAUUAAAUAUUCACCGCUACUAUCAACACUAUAUCCACUAAUCGCGAUUAUUAUUGUUAAAUAUUAAUCGAAUGCGACACCUUAAAUGAGUCGGCCUGUAAUCUCAUGGAAAUGGCUUCUCUUCUAACUUAUAAGCGUAUUUAUUGUUAGGUUCUCUAAAUUAUUCGAUAGCGAAUUUGAAAUUAGAAGUGGAGGAUCGCGGCUAUAAUCUCGAUUCAAAGUCUGUGUACGUGUUACAGAGAAUUUGAAAAAUCGGAGUUAGGUAAGGAUAAAAUUGAGAGUCGCCAUCUUGAAACAUAGAAGGGUGCAUGUUAUUUGAAUGAAUGUGUAGAACUGCGUCAGUUUUUUUAUGCGUAUGUCGAUUGAUGAAAGCGUUUAUAAAAAGAUAGAACAUUCGUAAUCGAAUAGGAAAUGAUACUAUGCGAUAUAGAGGGAGAAGGGGUAUUUGUAAACAUUGUAUAACGAUCUUAACUUAUCAUUCUCGCAAUUUCGAUCAAUUUUGCUUGGCAGUUCACAUGAAACCAUUUCUUCUUCUUUAUGUUAUGCAAGAACAUAAAUAACAAGACACGAAAGAAACAAUUUUAUCCAGUUUUGUAACAUUUUAGUAUUUCGUACAUGCGAGUGGUUCACCGUUCGAGCGGAAAUUCCGCAAAUUAGAAGCGAGCGAAGGCGAACAUUUAAAGAACACAAUGAAAAAUAUAGCGAAGUAUAGAAGUUCUGAUGCUAACUUCGAUCCAUUUUAAAUAGAUAAUCUCAAUUUUUUUAAAUUAUGUAGUGUCCGAACUUUUUCGCUAUAUUAACUUUUAAUCUGCACUGUGACGCACUAGUCACGGAUUUGUCGUUCUUCUGCAUUUCUUUAUGAUCUAGUCUAAGCGUCUGAAGUGUUCAUUUGGGCAAGCUUGCGGAAAACGAGCGGUGAUCCGAUCGCUGAUGAAAGACGAGAUGAAAACACGGGUAGCGGUUUUAUGCGUAGCCCCGGCAGCUGGCAGACCUGCUUACUUUCAACACUUUUGAUACAGCACUUUUUCCAAUAGAGCGUGCACGCCAGGAGAGUGUCUACCGCUUUACAUGGUCAACAGGUUCAAGAUAAUACAAUGAAAGGUGCAACAUGUAUUACAAAGAGAGUUUCAUUUAACAAUUUCUACGUUUUUAGUACACUCGUUGUUUAUAUUUAUUUGUAAUUGUCGAGUAUAUCCAUCAAAAACCAGCUUGUUUUACUACUUGUGAUAAACAAAUAUUUUGUCAAUACUAUAAUAAUUUGCUAAUUUCGAAUGUAUCUUUCACAUAAAAAAUUAACAAAAUAUAAUUUAGCUGAUGUUUGUCAGAAUAUUCAACGAUUUCGAAUAUUUAAAAAAUAAAAAAGUGAACUGUCCAUACAAAUGCCAUCCAAAUUCUGUUGGAACAAUAUAUAUCUUCUUCUAUAAUAAUCUAAAUUAACUCAUAAUUGUAAAAAAGAUGUCUAUUUUAUAUAACAAACUAGAUUCUUGUUCUUAUAAUUCACAAUAAUUUUACAAAAUAUGAAAAUAUUUCACAAUGGACAGAUACUAGAAUAUUUCUUUCGGAAUUCUAUUCGUUCAAUGCGGCUCUCAUUGUAAGGUAGAUAUACGUAGAACAAUUUUUAGAGGGUAAAUGGCAGUCUUGAUCCAGUGGGAACGAUUAGAAGUUACUCCGUGCGACACGAACACCACCUUUCUUGGUGCUACGACAGCUGAACGGUAAUGUAGCCUGAUACCGAACAGAUUUGGAGCGUUUGAUAUGUGAGAAACUUUGUGAACAUUCGAGACUAUCCAUGCCUUAAUAAUUGUUAACGUACAUAUAUUUAAUUGAUUAUAAAACCCUUAACGGUGAUCGAUUGUCAAUGUUUUUUGUACAUAGGCGUAUAUAUAUAUAUAAUAUGUAAUGAGAAUCACGACGACUACUAUAAACGAGCUAUUAAUAUUGCGAUCUAUCCUUUAUUAUUAAUAAUAUUUAUAUAUAAUUAUAUAGAAUCUUCACGCGUCAUCAAACUUUUCGACAAUAUCAAUGAUGCUUAUUAUUAUUAACAUUAACAUUAUUUUAUUCUAUUUUAUUAUUAUUGCCAUUAUAUAUAAAUAUUAUUUUCACAAUUAUUUAAAGUCAUCUGUACUCGUCCUGUAUCGUAAUACUGUAUCGUCCUGAGAAUACAUAAAGCUCGCAUUAUUUCUUUUUUCUUAUUUUGUUAAUUGAUCGAAACAUGCCGAUUUUUUUGCCAUCCAUAUUAAAUAAUCGAGCUUUAUUACAAUCGAUACCGAAAUUAAUAAAUUGAAUAAAUGGCGGAGCAUAUCAUAUUCGAUGUAUGAUUGUAUAGAUGAAUAAUCGAAUAUAUAAAUUUAUAGAUAUAUACAUUUCUUAGAUGGAUGUCAUGCGACAAUGUCAAUUUGUAAAUGUAUGUAAAUUAUUAUGUAAGAGUCGCGGAGACAACGCGUUUUUAUAGUGCCUUAAGAAGUUUUAAUUAACAAUCGAAGCGACCAGUACGGAAUCUGUCUAGUGGAUAGACAGUACAUUCAGACAAUACAUCUCAUAGUAAAUUAAGUGUAAAAUAUUGUUGAUAAAACCAAGUCUAUUUUUUGAAAGUUCAAUUUAAAUGUGGUACACGAUCAGUUGGAAUUGUUCAUUUGUUAAUACGAAUCGUUAAUCUUGUAUAUUUAAAAGAUGGUAAUAUUUUGUACUAUGCCAAAACGAUUGUCAAUUAAAUCGUAAUUAAUCGUUAAUCCGCUAGAAUCAUUUGUUAUUUCGACUAGCUUGUUGUAAUUGCAUUACAGAUACAUGAUUGUAUGUGUACGUGUAUUAUUAUUCGACGAAAACAAGUCAGAGAGAGAACGAAAACAAAUGUGAGAAUGAGAGAGACGCGUGUAACCAAUUGUUGAUAUUGCUAAUUAAUGCAAUAAAACGUAUAAUUGAAUAUAAGUAAAUAAUUAUAUUAGAGGUAAUUGUAUGCCGAUUUCAGUAUUUCCAUUAAUAAACAAAUACAUUUGAUUGAG